UCACAUAUCUCGGUUUUCACAUGGUAUGAAUGGGUGAACGGGACUAGGCUAUCUCUGCCUUCUACUGUAGACUACAGAGCUAGGGAAUAGCAGGUGGCACUGGAACCAGCUUUUCCCACUGGGUUUUAUUUCUCGAUAUAUCGGCAGUUGUUGAGGUCGAAAUCGACCUGUGAUUUCGAUUUAUUUUUUCCGAUACAGUUGAAUGUUUUGGAUGUUGUAUUAGCCCACCAGGACCAGGUUAAGUUAUUUUUUUGACAGCUGAAGGAAGACGAGAUGGAUAAAAUAGUGUCCAGACAUCUCCCGGUGAAUCCAAGGUUUCUACCUAUGUCGAAUCACUGGGUAUUGAAGUCUCUACUGGAGAACCCCAUGAAACUACCCCUCCUCCUCCAACAACAUGAACAACAACAUGAAGGAUUUGAGAAGGAGCAAGAGAAGGAGAAGAAGUUGGAUGAGGAGAGGAGUGCCCCACAGUCAGCCUUCCUUGGCCCCACGCUGUGGAACAAGACUCUCCCUUACGAUGGAGACAACUUCCAGCUGGAGUACAUGGAUCUGGACGAGUUCCUGACGGAAAACGGCCUCCCCUCUGAACUCGCCUCCUCCACCCACCCCAACCAGUACCAAUCACAAUCCCAGCACCAGACGUCAAUCAUGUCACAAGCCCUGCCCUCGGUGAUCGACCUCAGCAACCAUGCCAGCGCAUCAACGUCCGUACACACAAGCAUGGGUGCACAGAACUGUCUCCCUAGCCUCGCCAGAGCAGCCCUGCCGUCCAGAAACACUCCCAGCCCCAUCGACCCAGAGUCCAUCCAGGUGCCYGUGAGCUAUGUGCCUGACCCUGCUGACUUGGUUUUGUCCAGCGUACCAGGACAGGAGAUGUUCGACCCCCGCAAACGCAAGUUCGCUCCCGAGGAGCUCAAACCACAGCCCAUGUUCAAGAAGGCCCGCAAGGUGUUAUUGCCAGAUGACAUGAAGGAUGACAGGUAUUGGGUGAGGCGUAAGAAGAACAACGUGGCUGCCAAGAGGUCACGUGAUGCCCGUCGACUCAAAGAAAACCAGAUCGCCAUCCGAGCAGGUUUCCUGGAGAAGGAGAACUCUGCCCUGAAAAUGGAGGUGGCCGAUCUGAGGAGAGAGCUUGGGCGCACAAAGAACAUUGUGGCCGAGUACCAGGCCACACAGGGCCCUCUGUAAUGGGACUGAGACAGAAUACACUCACAAACAUGGAGAAUACACACACACGCACGCACACAUACACACACCCGGCCCUGUUGCCCAGGCCCUCAUUCAUCCAUGAACAACCCCAGAAGCAUGAGUUUGAGAGGCUAAGCUUACACCUGUCUGAGGCCACCACCCGAUCCAUGUCCUCCCUGCCCGAAAACUGCCCCCAAACACAACCUAGGAACUGCCUCCUACCAUCAAACAACUCGUAUCAAGAGAUUGAAGGACAAAAUGAUUUAGGCUCAGUAGCACAUUUCUACUCAUUUUCUAUACCAUAUAUUUCAUCUUCAUCCAUGUCUCUCUGUGAUUGGCCCUUGUGAGGGAAAGCGGGUAGCUUUCUGUACCGUCUAUGAGUAAGAAACGUAAUGGGUUUAUUUCAUUUCCGAUCUGUGUGUUUUUCAUUUGAUUAUUUUCUUUCUGAUGUAGUGUAUCUGUCCACACAUGGCUUUUACUGUGGUGUUUUACCUUCUUAUGAAUAUGUAUGUUGAAUCUUAUGUUACCUACCCUCCUCCCACUCCCUCUUGAUCCAUAACGUCUGCUAUUGUCUGUGAAUGAUCUUGUGUUAAUGGUUGCUUCGGUUUUCUAUGGUUUCCAUACUGUAAAUGUCAGUUUUAGAUGUCUCCCCUGACGUUACCUGUCCCACUUUAUCCACCUUCCCUCCRUGUCUUUUUCUCCAUCAGAUAUAAGCUGUUUGUAAUGUGUAAACAAUCWCUGCAAUGCUCAUACUCUAAAACCUCUCCCAUGCCUACAUACCGCUAGCCUGGGUAUCCUYCUGUUUCUACAUUAAGCAACGCCACGUUGUUGCCUUAGUGAGGCAACAACAUGUCAGAUAAAGCAGAGACAGACCGGCCGCCGGGCUACUAUGAUGUCAUCAUUCUCAUGUUCUUCUUAUAGCAGUGUUAUGUAWAACAAAGGUUUGUUUCUAGUUCCUUGUCACCAGAUCACUCUGUUGCACAGAACAAGUUUGGGAAGCUACAGCAAUAAGGCAGUAUAAGCUCUUGGUCUCCUCUCUACCAAGCCGACUGUCACAGACACGCAUGAAACCGCCCUCUUUAUUUUAGCACGUGCCCAAUUUGUAAUUGCUUUUAUUAGUUCAUAUUAAUGAUAUUUAUGUCUUUACAUACAAAUCAGGCAUGUUUCUAUUUGUUGUUCAAGCAUUCAAAUGUGAACAUUAUCAGCYUCUGUGCAGUAGGCAAUAGUUGUUAUUGUGUUCUUUUUCUUUUCUCAAGCAUGACUUCUCUGUGUCAGGUUCUUGUCUACAGAGGUACGGUGUCCAUAUUAGGACUGCCGACAUUGAAAGAAUUCCUGCUGAGAAUGAGGCUGUCCUAAUAUGAACACCGUACAGAUGCUCUCCCCAUGACCCAAUGAGAGAUGAAUGUAACAGAUGUACUACUGUAUAUAACAAAUUUACACAGUUUACGUUGGGCAAAUGAAUGGUGUUGCCUAUACAYUACUGUGGAAUAUACCCACAUCACUUUAUAUAUCUCUUUACUACAGACCAAAAGAUUACAGUAUAGAAAAUAUAUGUUAAUAUAUUAAAGGUUUUGUUGUUUAUACAAAGAUAUUCUUGUUUUUGUACAGUAUUUUUUCCCCUACAUAUAUCUCCUGUGUAUUAAAAAAAUUAACUAUGUAUAUUCAGAACUUGUUCACUUCUACCGAUGCUGUUCRUCAGAUACUUUGUAUGGGCAUUACUCAAGACAACAUUACAAAUAAAACUGACAGGCUGUUUUACAGACCAUAUGAAAGUGUAGUCAGUCUCACCCUUUUACCCCUCUCGCCCAGCACAGACAAUCUCAAAACGGUUUGCUGUUUUCGUUUUGAAAAGUUUUGUAUGUUUCGUUGCGUUGUUUAUUUGUUUUGCAGAAGCAGACYCUCUGUAGUCUAAGAGGAAAAUUGAUAUUGGCAUCCCUUUUUAAAUUCUUAUUUGUAUUGUAUGUAGUUUUGGCAUAGAAGAAAGUCAAAUCUCAACAACAAGCACUUAUGUUAUGUCURUUCUUAAUUUGUCCCUUUUGUGUGAUUAUUCCUAAUUUCCUCUUGGUGUAGGGUUCACUAGACAGAAUACUUAUAUGCUGAUAUGUUCAAAUCUGUGUUUUUCCAAAUAUUUCUCCCUUGUCUUUUGUUUGUUUUUCAUGAUCAAAAUAAAACUGUUGAAAUCA